AUGGCCGCGCCGCCGCCGCUGACGGUGACGCGCGCCGCCAACGAGACUGGUGCCGCCACGCCCGACCAGCAGGGCCCUGGCGGCACGGCGGCGCGGAGGGUGAUCAGCGCCCUGCUGUUCUUGGCGGCCGUCGCCCUCCCGUGCCUCGUGGUGUACCGCCACCGCGCCUCGGCGCUCGGAGACGUCCUCGUGCCCGCGCGCCUAGGCGCACCGCGCGACGACGACGUCGACCUGGUGAGCAUCGAUGGCGCGAAGCUGGAGAAGGUCCUGAGGGGGGCAGCGAUGGCGAACGACACGGUGAUCCUGACGACGCUGAACGCCGCGUGGUCGGAGCCCGGCUCGGUGCUGGACGUCUUCCUGGAGAGCUUCCGGACCGGCGAGAGCACGAGGGAGCUGCUGGACCACCUCGUCAUCGUGUCCCUGGACGCGGCGGCGCACGAGCGCUGCAGGCAAGUGCACCGGCACUGCUUCGCGCUCAUCACCGGCGGCGUCAACUUCUCGGGGCAGAAAAACUUCAUGACCGACGGCUACCUCAAGAUGAUGUGGAGCAGGAUCAACUUCCUCGGGCAAGUCCUUGAGAAAGGCUUCAGCUUCAUUUUCACGGACACGGACAUCGUGUGGUUCAGGAACCCGCUGCCGCACUUCUACCUGGACGGGGACUUCCAGAUCGCCUGCGACCACUUCACCGGCGACCCUGACGACCUGAGCAACGCGCCCAACGGCGGGUUCGCGUACGUGCGUUCCAACUCGGAGACGAUCGAGUUCUACAGGUUCUGGUACGCGGCGCGGGAGAAGCACCCCGGAUUGCACGACCAGGACGUGCUCAACUCCAUCAAACACGACUCCUUCGUCACCAAGCUCGGCGUCAAGAUCAAGUUCCUCAGCACUGAGCUCUUCGGUGGCCUGUGCGAGCCGAGCAGGAACAUGAGCAGGGUCUGUACAAUGCACGCCAAUUGCUGCAUCGGGCUGAGCCGUAAGAUCAGCGACCUCAACGCCAUGCUCCGGGACUGGAGGAAGUUCAAGGCGCUGCCCCGCGACGAUAAGCACUCUGUUUCAUGGACUGUACCGCGCAAUUGCAGGUAAAUGCAACCAAGGCAUGUUCAAAAAUAUGCACAUUUUGUGUUUUUGAUGAAGAGGAAGCUCUUUCCAGUCUUCAGAUACUGGGGCGAUAGAGCAAAAGAGGUAACUUGUCUUUCUGCUUGACAGGUGAUUAAUUCAGACUCCGGAAAGAUGGGUAAUGUAAAUCAGAAUAUGGGUAGUUUGUAGGUUCAUUUUUGUUGAUUGUAUUGUACAUUUUUUACUCCCUGUAAGCAACUGAGUGGAUCUGCUAAUUGAUGUCUUUGCAGCACAUGCUUGUAUUACAUUUUUAACUGAAAUGAACGAAUCUUAAUCUGCAAAGUUUGAGAAUGCAGCUGCACAAUCUAUAAAGAUGCUGUUCUGGGAAAAAUAUAUUAAGGUGCUUGCUCAUUGUUGCCCCAAAUCCGGUGUAGUGGCACUUGCUGUCGUGGUUUCUCGUCAGACAUCUGUAUUCCUGGGGCUGUCCAUGUCAUCUCACCUGCUAACAGAUUCAGAAUUUCAGAUGUGUAUGUGAAUCUUACAAUUCUUCAUCUGUUACUCGCGAACCUCUUCUGAAGCUCUGAAACUUGCAAACAUAGCGUAACAGCAGGAAUGGAAGAGGCAG